AUAUACAAAUACGAUGCAGUAGUAGCUUUAGAUGAGCACGAUUGCGCCAAACAGAAUUGAAGAUAAUUCAUUUUAUAAUUUGCUCACGACAAACACGAACAGAUGCACACCUUUCAGAAACCAGGGGAGCAAAGUUGGCUUUUCUUCCUUUUAUUUUUUAGCGCUGUUAUUUUUAAAAUGUAAGUUUGUGCUAAAUAAUAUGCUUUAAAUAUCCGGACCUUGUAUGAUUAUUUAUUUUAAGAGAACCAGUUUAGUAUUUGAUUAUGUUGCUGUGAAUUUAAUUUCAAACGAGUAUGCAGUUAGGCUGACUGAAGGAGCACCUGACAGGAGGUGAGCGCACCAAGAGGUAUGUUUCAACAAGCUUAAGGAGAAAACACGACAAGUAAGGGAAUUCAGCUUGUCAAAUGUACAAAAGGGGGAAUGGCAUCGGCAAGCUCUUUUGCAAAUCUAACGCGAAAGCAAAUAUUAAGUUCAAACUAAAAUAAUCUAGUUUUAUUUAUUUAUUUAUUUAUUUAUUUAUUUAUUUAGAAUUGUUGUUUUCUCUUUCGAUAAGAGAAACUUCACUUUGUAUCAUGCAAAGUAGGCGAUUAUUUUUCAUGAUUUUAACAGCUGCGUUUUUAGCUGAGCUGGAGCUUACUUUCGAAAAAUCACCCCCGGGUAUUAUUCGUAAUAACAGAAAGACACCUAAUACUGCUAAUGGCAACACUAAAAAAGACGGCAAUCAGACUUACAUGUCUCGACUUAAGAGGAAAAAUCUGGCUGUGGAUUUUGCCGUCCCAGCUCUCUUCCGAACCUACUUGUCAGAGCUGAUGAAGCGCCCAUUGAACAGCGAUUGUCAGACUUAUAAUUCGUGCUAUACGGUUCGAUCCAGCUUGAGAAUGCGGUGCCAGCCUCUGCAAAGAACUGUCUGUACUUUACUGGAGACCGAAUCCAGGGAGCCAAAAAGUAUCGAGACAGACAACUCCACCGGCGCUGGACAGCUCCCCUAUAAAAGCAAGCGGCCGCCGUCCAAGGUUCUGAAUUUAGGUUUGAGCAAACCCAGCAAGAAAUCUAACCAGAUUGUGAUUGAGAUAGGGGAGACGGACGUCCGGACCGGUUGUGGUAGCUUGGCAUCUGAAGAGGAUGCCGCCGUAGCUUUUCUGAAGAUGGACCUUUCUCGGGUGGUGGACAGCUGGUUGGGAGCCGAGGGGGGACGGCUGAGAGUCCGGCUUAUGCCCGAGAGAAGAGCACAAGUCCCGGAGAGGGAGGAUAGCUUUUCUGCAGCAAUCAGGGCAGCAGAUCCCCGUCUCUUUCUUCAAAUAACUUCUCGUGGGGAAAACCAGACAGUGGAAGAUGCAUUGCCUACUCUUUCCAACUACUGGAACUUCACCUGGACGCUUCAGGAUGAUCCGCAGUUUCCCUCAGAGAGAGUGCAAUCUGAGAUCAGUUGUGAUUUCGAAGCCCCCUGUGAUUUGGAAUAUGCCUCUACGGCUGAUGGAUCCAACUGGAGGGUGAAAACAGCCAAGGACCUCUCUGAGGAGGGCAAUCCCAGAGUUCCCAAGGAGGAUUUCUCAGAGAAAUGGUUGGAAGGUCACUUCCUGUUUCUGAACAGCUCAGGGGUAGCAAGCCCCGCGGUGCUGAGUCCUUGGCUGAAGAGCGGCAGUGAGCUGUGUUCGUUUGAGGCAUCCGUUUACCUACACAAUGGGCAAACAGGGAGGUACACAAUAUCGAUAAUUGAGUGUGACAAACAGCCACGAGAGAUCCUGUCCACAGAGAGAGACACCACCACUGGCUGGUUGCUUCUGAGGGUGAUGCUGGGGCGCUCCGAUACCCCCUUUCGGAUAUCCAUGGAGUACAGCGGACAGGGCACACAGGACACCGCAGCUCUGGACUCCAUCAACACAUCCAACUGCACCACAGGGUCUCCUCCGGGCUUGCAGAUAACACUGCAGGGGAAGUACACCUGCCGGGAUGGGACGACAAUGAGUCUGGGCAGAGUGUGCAACUUUCAGAGAGACUGCGCGGCGGAAGAAGAUGAGGGUCGGAUGUGCCGUGACUUCCUCCUCGGUAGCUACUGCUCCUUUGAAGAGGGGGACUGUGGGUGGCAGGCUUUGACGUCAGCCUCUCAUGGAACGGCAUGGGGGGUCCGAGAAGGACAGCAUGAAGACCACCAAGAGAAAAGGGGCAGCUGUCCAUUCACAGGUAGAGCACUGGUUCUGAACAGCAGUGAGUUUGUCAGCGAUGAGCCCAGCGUGAUGAGGAGCCCCUUGUUCCCACCCCCAUUAAAAAACUCUCCCUGCCAGGUUUGGUUCUCAGUGUGUGCUGAAGGCUCCCUACAGGGGGCACUGUCUCUGUGGCUGGUGGAGAACAGCACCAGGGAAGAGGAGAGUCGCAUGCUUUGGGGGUUCGAGAAUAGCAGCGGGGCGAAGGGCUGGAGCAGACUGGCCAUUCCUGUGCACGGAGUAUCUGACAGAUUUUGGCUGCAGUUCACUGGGAGUGGAGAACCUGGGUCCGCUAUCGCCAUUGAUAACAUCUCACUUAGCUUAGACUGCUUCCUUGCAUCCAAUGGAGACCUCCCACCCAAGAUCACACCGGUCAGUACCAGCAUGAAGAACUUUGAAUCCACCAAUCAGAACAACACAACAGCUGCCCCAGCCAGUGGGCACUCAGAAGGAGAAGUCCUAGAUGUCACUGAGUUCCCAGAUUUUCAACUUGAAGACCUCACUCUGGGAAAGCGAGACCUGGUGCACAUGUUCUCACAGUCAUUUCAUCUUAACGAAACGGAAACAGAUAAAUCCUGGAACUUUGGCACAUGUGGCACAACUGGGCCAGUGGGCCCCACCACAACGCAAUGCAGCAACACGUACCGGGGCACGAGCGUCAACGUGUCUGUGGGCACAGAAGGGCCGCUGCGGGGCGUGCAGAUGUGGAGAGUACCCGCCACCGAAACCUAUAGGAUCAUGAGCUAUGGUGCUGCUGGAGGCAGGAGCGUGCUGAUCCCAGAUCGGUCAUUCGGCUUGUUUCUGGGGGCCCAUUUUUUUCUGAAGAAAGACGAGCUGCUGUACAUCCUGGUGGGGCAGCAAGGGGAAGACGCCUGCCCAAAUUCGGACACCGUCAUUAACAGAGUGUGUCAGGGAGAGACGAGCGUGAUUGACAACAAGACCCAAUCAAAGAAGACGGUGGAGGAGUGGGCGGGAGGAGGAGGAGGAGGGGGCGGGGCUACCUUCAUAUUUAAGAUGAAGGACGGGGUGCCAGUGCCUCUCCUCAUCGCAGGCGGUGGGGGUGGCAGAGGCUACAGUGGCAAGGCCGAGUAUCCCAUGGAGAUUCUGGAGAACGACACCACUGUCCAAGGAGUCAAUGGCGUCUCUGGGGCAGCAGGUGGCGGUGGCGGCUGGGAUGACAAGAUGCCAGUGUCCUCGGGGGGGCUGCCCCUGCUGAUGGGGGCCCUGGGCGGGAGGUCCUGUCCGCAGGCCCUCCGGAAGUGGCAGCUGAGAGGUGGCUUCGGAGGGGGGGGAGGGGGCUGCUCUUCUGGUGGGGGAGGAGGUGGCUACAUCGGUGGCAGCACAGGUCAGGACGAUGACCCUCAUCGGGAUGGAGAAGACGGUGUUUCCUUUAUCAACACUGAGGGCGAUUUGUACUUACCACCAUUAAAAGUGAUGGAGAGUCACGGCGAGGUGAGAAUUGAGCUGGCUUUGGACUGCAGUCACUGCCAGACGAGGGAGUGCCACCUGAGAGGAGAGCCGGCAGAGCCGCACUGUUACUGUGAGGCUGGAUUCACGCUGGCACCAGACCAGGUCUCCUGCAUUGACAAUGACAAUGUCAAAGGCACCAUAAACCAGGAGAUGUCUCGGCUGCCCUUGCACCUGGUCUUAUCAGUGGUGAUGUCAGCUCUCAUCGCAGCUCUACUGUUCACCAUUUCUGGCAUUAUGUUCGUGUACCGGCGGAAACACCCCGAGCUGCAGUCCAUUCAGCUGGAGCUGCAGAGCCCUGAGUGCAAGCUGAGCAAGCUCCGCACCUCCACCAUCAUGACAGACUACAACCCCAACUACUGCUUCGCUGGCAAGACCUCCUCCGUGAACGACCUGAAAGAGGUGUCGCGCAGGAACAUCUCGCUCAUGAGGGGGCUUGGCCAUGGAGCCUUCGGAGAGGUAUACGAGGGUCAGGUGUUCGGGAUCCCUGGAGAGCGCAGCCCAAUGCAGGUCGCUGUCAAGACUCUGCCAGAGGUCUGCUCUGAGCAGGACGAGCUGGACUUUCUGAUGGAGGCUCUCAUUAUCAGCAAGUUCAACCACCAGAAUAUCGUGCGCUGCAUCGGGGUGAGUCUGCAGGCCCUCCCACGCUUCAUCCUGCUCGAGCUCAUGGCUGGCGGAGACCUCAAGUCCUUCCUGCGGGAGACACGUCCACGGCUCACCCAGCCCUCCAGCCUAUCAAUGGUAGACCUACUAAACGUGGCCCGAGACAUCGCACAGGGCUGCCAGUACCUUGAGGAAAAUCACUUCAUCCACAGAGACAUAGCUGCCAGAAACUGUCUCCUUACCUGCAAGGAUGCUGGAAGAGUUGCUAAAAUUGGAGACUUUGGGAUGGCCAGGGAUAUCUACAGGGCCUGCUACUACAGAAAAGGGGGUCGCGCCAUGCUGCCAGUGAAGUGGAUGCCCCCCGAGGCAUUCAUGGAGGGCAUUUUCACAUCCAAAACAGACACCUGGUCGUUCGGAGUGCUGCUCUGGGAGAUCUUCUCUCUGGGGUACAUGCCCUACCCCAGCCGCAGCAACCAGGAGGUGCUGGAGUUCGUGACCAGCGGAGGCAGGAUGGACCCUCCCAAGAACUGUCCCGGGCCCGUGUACAGGAUAAUGACGCAGACCUGGCAGCACCAGCCUGAGGACAGACCCAACUUCUCUACCAUCCUGGAGCGAGUCGACUACUGUCUGCAGGACCCAGACGUUGUGAACACGCCUCUCCCUGUGGAGUAUGGCCCUGUACCAGAGGAAGAAGAGACGGUGCCCAUGAGGCCUGAAGACCCCGGCAACACCCCCCCUCUCUUGGUGUCCCCAUUUCCAGAGCGAGCUGAGGAAGACCAGCAGACCGCUUCCUACCUGCAGCCCACACCUCCUUCUCCUCUCCCCCCUCUCACCCGGCCUUCCAUCCUCUCUGUGCUCCAGAACAGCCCCAGCCGCCCCCCUCCUCUCCAGCCAGCCCUGCAGCAGAGCUCUGGAGGAAUGGCGCCCGAGGAGGCCAGCGGGGGGCACGUCAAUCUUGCCUUCUCCCAGACACAGCCUCCAGACCUGGACUGCAGGAACGGCAAGCCCACCAACCUCUGGAACCCAACCUAUGGGUCCUGGUACCUGGACAAGCAGCGAGCGCAGGUCGAGGGUGAGGGGGAUGACCAUGAGCAUAGAACUGCUGGCGAUAUCACGGCACAGGCACCUCCCAGACCACCAGCUGUGCUCCUGGAACCCUCUGCCCUCUCGCAGGGACCCCCUGCCAUCCCUCUGUUCAGACUGCGACGCUUACCCUGUGGAAACAUCAGCUAUGGGUACCAGGAGCAGGGUUUGCCCCUGGAUCCUCCACCACCACCACUGCAAAUUACUGGUCGUACCAGGACAGGCAGUGCAGAGGAAGGUCGCCCCUUGCUUGUUUCCAAGGUGACUGCCAUUCUCCAGGACCCUCCUCAGCAAAGCAUCCCUACCUGGGACAUCAGGCUUCCCUUGACAGAGGAUGUCAGUGCCACAGCACUUUAGUAUGAUCCCCAAAGUUAUUUCCUUCCCAAACUAACUAACUACUGCUAUUCCCGAUGUUGCCAGGCAGCAAGCCACAGUGUGUCAGAUGUACUUAACUGCUAUUCAGAUUCUUAAUGGCUCGUGAUCUUUUGUGGAAGCACCCCAUGUGUUUUUUUUUUAGGUAAAAAUGUGUAAAAGACUACUUUUUUACUUUAAAAUGAAAUGUGGAAAAGUCAUACAGUAACAUUGUGGGUACACAGUCUCAAACUCAGUGUUUGGGGGUUCAUACAACACUUAAUUAAAACCAGAAUUCAUCAGGAAAGGU